CCCGCCUCCCCCCAACCCAUUUCCUCUCCCUCAGCUCAGGCCAGGCCGCCGGUGUGCCUCCGCCUCCUCCUGUGCUCUGCUCUCCUCCCCUCCCCGCGGCCCCGCCGGAUCGCCCAGAGCCGCCGCCUCGCUGCCGGAUUCACACCGAGCCGUCGCGAGGCUCUACACACACACCUAUUUUCUCAUGGCGCAGCGCGACAAGAAGGUGGAGGAGCCAACGGAGCUGCACGCGCCGGAGCUCACGCUCUGCGCCAACAGCUGCGGCUUCCCGGGGAACCCGGCCACCAAGAACCUGUGCCAGAACUGCUUCCUGGCCGCCUCCGCCUCGGCCUCGGCCUCCGUCUCGCCGCCGUCGCCGUCCCCUUCUACUACCACCGCGGCGUUCGACAAGCCGUGGCCAGCUGCGGCCUCCGCCUUCUCUGCGCCAACGCCGCUGGCGGUGGUGGCGCCGUUCUCUCCGGCCGUUGACCGGCCAGCGGGGGGGCCCGUGGAGUCGUCCUCUUCCAACAAGGCGCCCCGGACGUCGUCGGUCAACCGGUGCCAUAACUGCCGGAAGCGCGUGGGGCUGACGGGGUUCCGGUGCCGGUGCGGCGAGCUCUUCUGCGGCGCGCACCGGUACUCGGACCGCCACGACUGCAAUUUCGACUACAAGGGCGUCGGCCGGGACGCCAUCGCCCGGGAGAACCCCGUCGUGCGCGCGGCCAAGAUCGUUAGGUUCUGAGAGGGAGGGAGCAUCGGACGGAGGACGCCUACACCGAUCCGCAGAGAUCGAUCGAUCGUUGGAUCUCCCUCUCAAGUUCCCUUUUUAUUUCUCUUUUCUUUCUUUUCCUUCUUUACAAGAAAUUUAAAGGUGACCGGUCGAGCGAGGGUGUUAUCAUCGUGCUGUUCUUGAGGAUCCCAUAAACAAGAAGAAGAAGAUGAAGGAAAAAAGAUGGAGCAGAUCAUGGGAGGCAUGGCAGGCGGGGAAGCAGCUACGAAAGGGAUCAAAAGCAAGAACAGUGCGAUGAUAAUGUUGUUGUAGCGGUGGUUGGGGGUGGAGGGGAAGAGAUAGGGUUGGUUUGGUGUGUUGUCCUACUACAAAUCACAAUCUUCUAUUUAAUUUUCUCUCUCUCUCUCUCUCUGUAUAAAAUUAAAUUAUAAAUUGGAAUCUCCCUAUUGCCCAGCUUGAGCUACUA